AUGUCAUGUACUGACAUCAACAUCCAGGGCAAGGAUGCGACAGAAGAGUUUGACCCGAUUCACCCCCGGGACACUCUCGACAAGUACCUCGACAAGUCGCUGCACCUAGGCCCCGUGGACAUGUCCACCGUUGCCCAAGAGGCCAAGCGAGAGGACCCCGAGGAGGUGGAGCGGCAGAAGAGGAUAGCGGAGAUGCCGCUGCUGUCGGAAUGCUUCAACCUGCACGACUUUGAGGCCAUUGCGCGGAGGACCAUGAAGAAGGGCGCGUGGGGAUACUAUUCCAGCGCGGCCGACGAUGAGAUUACCCUGCGUGAGAACCACAGCGCCUACCACAGGAUCUGGUUCCGCCCCCAGAUCCUCGUCGACGUCGCCAACAUCGACCUCUCCACCACCAUGCUCGGCACCAAGGUCGACGCCCCCUUCUACGUGACCGCCACGGCGCUGGGCAAGCUCGGCCACCCGGAGGGCGAGGUCCUGCUCACCCGCGCCGCCCGCAAGCACAACGUCAUCCAGAUGAUCCCCACGCUCGCCUCGUGCUCCUUUGACGAGCUCGUCGACGCCCGCCAGGGCGACCAGGUCCAGUGGCUGCAGCUCUACGUCAACAAGGACCGCGACAUCACCAAGCGCAUCGUCCAGACCGCCGAGCGCCGCGGCUGCAAGGGCCUCUUCAUCACCGUCGACGCACCGCAGCUGGGCCGCCGCGAAAAGGACAUGCGCCUCAAGUUCACCGACUCCGGGAGCAACGUGCAAAAGGGCCACAAGACGGACAACACACAGGGCGCCGCCCGCGCAAUCUCGUCCUUCAUCGACCCGUCCCUCAGCUGGGCCGACAUCCCCUGGUUCCAGAGCAUCACCAAGAUGCCCAUCAUCCUCAAGGGCGUCCAGCGCGUCGAGGACGUCCUCCGCGCCGUCGAGGCCGGCGUCCAGGGCGUCGUGCUGUCCAACCACGGCGGCCGCCAGCUCGACUUUGCGCGCUCCGGCGUCGAGGUCCUCGCCGAGACCAUGCCCGUCCUGCGCCAGCACGGCCUGGACAAGAAGAUUGACGUCUUUGUCGAUGGCGGCGUCAGGCGCGGCACCGACAUCAUCAAGGCAAUGUGUCUGGGCGCAAAGGGCGUGGGCAUCGGGCGGCCCUUCUUGUACGCCAUGAGCACGUACGGACAGGCCGGCGUGGAGCGCGUGAUGCAGCUGCUCAAGGACGAGCUGGAGAUGAACAUGCGGCUCAUCGGCUGCGCCAAGAUGGAGGACCUGCACCCUGGAUUGCUGGACACGAGGGGUCUGUUUGUGCACAGCAACUCGACGCCGGUCGAUUCGCUGUCACAUAUCACGUACGAUCCCCUGGUUGUUCCCAGCCAGAGACUCAAGGCGAAGCUGUAG